AUGGCCCUUUUCUAUUCGAAUCACACCAAUCCCCAGGAGAUGUGGUAUGUCCUGAUUGGAAUCCCAGGAAAGGAAGAUUUGCACAUCUGGAUCUCCAUCCCCAUAUGUUUUAUGUAUGCUGUGGCUGUUGUGGGCAAUAUCUUCUUGAUCUUUUUGAUUAUGACAGAGCGCAACCUCCAUGAGCCCAUGUAUCUUUUCCUGUCCAUGUUGGCUUUUGCGGAUGUCCUCCUCUCCACAGCCACAGCCCCAAAGAUGCUGGCCAUCUUCUGGCUCCAAUCCAUGACUAUAUCCUUCGGUAGCUGUGUAUCCCAGAUGUUCUUCAUACAUUUCAUCUUUGUAGCUGAAUCUGCUGUCCUACUGGCCAUGGCAUUUGACCGCUACGUGGCCAUCUGUUAUCCGCUGAGAUACACCACCAUCUUAACCUCCUCUGUCAUUGGAAAGAUUGGCAUAGCGGCCAUGCUCCGGAGUUUUUUCAUCUGCAUUCCAUUUGUCUUCCUAGUAUACAGACUUACAUAUUGUGGGAAAAAUGUCAUUCCACAUUCUUACUGUGAGCACAUGGGCAUCGCUAGGCUGGCAUGUGACAACAUCACAGUCAACAUCAUUUACGGCCUGACUGUGGCCCUGCUGUCCACAGGACUGGAUAUAGUGUUCAUCAUUACCUCCUACACCAUGAUCCUUUGCACGGUGUUUCAGAUACCUUCCUGGUCUGCCAGAUUCAAGGCUCUUAACACAUGUGGUUCCCACAUCUGUGUUAUCCUUAUGUUCUAUGCCCCAGCCUUCUUUUCAUUUUUUGCCCAUCGCUUUGGGGAGAAAACCAUCCCUCAUCAUAUUCACAUUCUAGUAGCCAACCUGUAUGUGGUGGUGCCCCCUAUGCUAAAUCCCAUCAUCUACGGGGUGAAAACCAAACAGAUCAAGGAUCGAGCAAUUUCACUUUUUUCCUCCAUCAUCACAUUGUUAAAAUGA